AAAUUGUAUUCUGGUAAAAAGUCAAAUCUUUUGCAAAAAAAAAGUCUAGUCACCGUGUCUGCCAAGUUCGCAUGUAAAUUAGUUUAGCUAUUUAAAUCAGCUGAGAACACGCCCAAAAAGUUACUAUCUUUUAUUUUGUUGAGAUCGGCGUUAUGGAUUAGCUAGCUAACGGGUUCAGCAUUUCUGUUGCCACAGUUCCAACUGAACAGCUCAAAAGUGAUUAAAUCUAUUUUAUUACUUUGUGGCAGAUGUUCGAAUAAACUUCACUGGUGCCGAUGAAAAAAUGCGGAAUUCUUGGGAGUAAAAACAUGAUAAACAGAAAUGAACCAAAGAAAGUUGUUAACAACUAUUAAGGGCGAUAUUUUAAAGAACUGACUUGGUUACCAAUCGGAUAGUUAAGCAUUCUCCUCAUGAAAAAGGUCACUUACAGUGUUCCGCCAAAACGUUAUCUUUAAGGUUUGCGAGGUCAGAACAUAUGUCUUCUAGAUACAAGUUGACACCGGGAUAAAUUUCUUGGGCCAGCGAAUUGACUUCAAUUUAUAAGCGUUCGACCCCAAAAAUCGAUCCAUUAAUAACAAUUUAGAUAAGUGUUUGCCUUUGAUUAUAUAAGAGCUGGCAACCAACACAGCCUGGCAGAAUCUGAAAUUGAACUCUGGAACUAAGAAGGCCUAUCGCAACUCUCCGUCAUGUUAGCCACAUUGAUUGGUCUUACUCUGCUGCUCCAUGCUGACACGAUUGCAGGACAAGAUUACCAAUUUUAUGGAUCACCUGGCGUGCAAGUAAUAUACCCAUCCUCGUCGCAGGUUCAAGUUGUGGGCGGAAGGCAUUUCUUUCGCAACGGAUUGCGAAGGAAUCUCACGAUCAGUGCGAACGCAACCAGCCAGGAUUUUCAGCUAGUCAGCAAUGUGAGCAACGGAAAUGCCGGCAACACUCCACUUCGGAAUUUCUUAAGGUCUCUGUUUGGCCGCCAGCCAAAUAUCCAGUUUGUGAACCUGAAUUCUAGAGCCUUUAACGACGUCUCCCCGGAGCCUCAAUACUGGAAUGCAUAUCGAUCCUAUGCGGCUCCAGUGGUUCUGCCCCGCACACGAGUUAAAGCUGUGCGACAGGGUGGUGUUCCACGCCGGAUUUUGGUACGGAAUCUGAUGACCACCAAAUCGCAGACGACCAAUUUGCAGUCAUAUAGGAUUCCCGUUUUUGAGAAUGACUUGCUGUAUGGCCCAACAUAUAUAAAAUAAUGAGCUGACUUCAAAACGCGAACAAUUUGGGGGCUCUUCUGAAUUUACC